GUCGCCGUCGAUGCCAGCGGGCACCUUGCGGCGGUGGCUGAGGAUUCGGGAGCCGUGCACCUGCUCGACUUGAACACCUGGAGAGUCGACAAGAUCCUGGGUGGCAAAAAUGGCCACGAAAACAUUUGCAGCGCCGUGGCUUGGAAGCCAGGCCGCGAGUGGACCUUAGCAUCCGGAGGACUGGAUGCCGCGGUUGUCAUCUGGCAAAGGUCAGGAAGAGGGCGCAAAGUGCAGAUGCAACCGGAUGCUGGGGAGGAGUCUGCCACAUCAACUGGCGGACCUCAGCUGCUCAACCCACCCUUUGUGCAUUCGAUCGCAUAUGCGCCCGAUGGCGAAACGCUGGCGGCAGGCCUCGGUGACGGCACCGUUGUCCUCGUGGGCUCCGACCAGCGCCUUAGAGGUCACCUCGCAGCCGUGGCGCAGGUUCUGUACACUCCCGCCGGGCUUGUUUCUGCCGGCAACGACCGACAGGUCCUGCUGUGGUCAGGAUCCGAGCCACGGUUAAGAUGGCAGCAUCCAGAAAAGAUGAAUUGGAUGGCUUGGCACCAGGACUCUCUUUUCGUGGCUGACUUGGGCCCCAGCAUCACUGUUUAUGAAGGUUUGGCAUGA